UUGACAUAUUGACAGAAGCGAAUAAUAAUCAGUCACGUAGAAUUUUUGAAUUUGCUAAAAUGUUUAAAUAAUUCAAGUACUUAAUAAAAGAUAAUGAAUACAAGUCAACAAUGAGUAGGUUCACUCUAAUUAUUUUCCUUUUAAUUUGGGAAGUCACCGUACAAAAUGAUAUUAAAGGAUUUGAUGACACUAUAUUGUACAGUAUAAAUUGGGCAACAGAGUUACUGCAAGAUGAAGCAACUUCUGGAGAAUCUAUAAUUGUAACUUCAGCUCACCAAGAAAAAUACAAGUGUAUAUUACCCACUACUGCCGAAGAAAAAGCCCAACUAGAAGAAAACUAUGAUGGACCAACAGCUUUAGAAAUUUUAUCACCCUUAUUUUCUCACAAUCAUCCCUGUUCCUUUAGAUUAGAAUCUUAUUGGACCUAUCAGGUGUGCCAUGGUAGAAAAAUUCGCCAAUACCAUGAAGACAGAGAGGGCAAAACAAUGAGGCUACAAGAAUAUGUAAUAGGAAAGUGGGAUACUAAUUAUUAUGAAAUGUUACUAGAAAAAGCAAAGGAAGAUGAAAAAGACAAAAGUACACCACCUCCUGUUAAAAAAAUAGAUAAUAUUAACUUACCUUACUACGAAAUAGUGAUGGAAAAUGGUACUCAAUGUUCAUUGAAUAACAACAGACCUAGAAUGACAAAGGUGCUUUACGUAUGUUACAUUCAUGGCAAACAUGAAAUAUACUCUGUGGAUGAACCACAAAGUUGUGUUUAUGAAAUCAUUAUUUUAUCGCCACUUCUCUGUGCUCAUCCUAAAUAUAAACCUAAAGAGUCCGGGGAAAAUAAAAUCAGCUGUGCACCUAUAGAUGGCAGCUACAAAAUGCCUUACAGUUUAGCAAAGCAACAACAUGAUUCAGCUCUACUAAGAAAACAAUCUGAUUUAGAUAGAUUUAAAGUGGAACUUAUAAAAUUGGACAAAGAAGAACCAUUAGUUGAUUUAGAACCUAAAUUGUUAGAUACUGCACCUGUGGAAAAUUUUUUGAGAGGAAAGAAUUGCUUAACUGGUGGUACAGGUUGGUGGAAAUUUGAAUUUUGUUAUGGCAAGUCUGUGGAGCAGUACCAUGUUGAAAAAGAUGGUAGGAAAAAUUCUAUAAACCUAGGUAUAUUUGAUAAGAAAGCUCACUUAGAUUGGAUACAUGAAAAUCCCCAUAAACGUCCCAAACCUUUGGGUGAGAGAAAACAGCUGUCCCAUUUGUAUUCUUCUGGUUCCAUUUGUGAAAAAACUGGGAAGCCCAGACAAACUGAAGUUAAACUGAAAUGUUUACAAAAUGCGGCCAGCCCUAAUGCAGUUUCCCUGUAUUUACUUGAACCAAAGUUGUGUCAAUACAUUUUGGGGGUAGAGUCACCUUUAAUUUGUGAAAUUUUGUCUAGAGCUAAUUCUGAUGGGCUUGUAGAUAUAGAUGGCAGUGAUUUUAUAGAGACUGAAAAAACAGCUACAGUAAACAUAGGGUUGUGAGAGUGAGUAUUAACUUUAAAAUGGGACAGAAACAUUCCUAGUCAAUAUUUAUGAACUUUUGCAAUAUAAUCUAUGUUUUAACAUUAUUAUUUGUAAAUAAAGUAUAAUACCUUCCAACAUUAUUGUCUAUUAAAUCAC